CUCACCCGCAGACAUGAGCGGAGUACCGUCUGCCUCUUCCACCCGCAACAAGUCGCUCUCACCAUGCGGAUCCACUGCAAAGUAGUUGUGAUCGCCGUGUGUUUAGGAGUUUUCCUACUUUUGUACUUUUUGGGGGGCAACGCCGCGGACGAUCCUCUGUUGAACGAAGUUUUAGAGGAGGGCAGCAACUCUUCCCGGUCGCCCUCUGAGCUCGGACGAGAUGUUGCAGCAAAGUUGGCCAAGAAAUCAUCCGCUCGAGUCGGCGUGCGUGCGGAAGAGCCUCUCAAGAGACGGAAAGAGGGGAAGGCGAUCAAUAGAGCGGCCAGCGUGAAUGUUAAGAGCAAACCGAGGAAUAACGUGGCCAGACCUGUGACCAGGCGCAAACGGGCAGAGGAGGUCAUGCACCUGGCUGUGGUGGCCUGUGGGAAUCGUCUGGAUGAGACCCUCACCAUGGUCAAAUCAGCCCUCCUGUUCAGCCUCAAGAGGAUCACGUUUCACAUUUUUGCUGAGGACCCUUUGGCCCCGCAGUUUAAAGAAAGACUGAACCAGUGGCCUCGCUCCGUCUCUGCCAAGUUCCAGUACAGAAUCUACCCCAUCACCUUCUCUGUGGGGAAUGCUGACGAGUGGAAGAAGCUCUUCAAGCCCUGUGCUGCUCAGAGACUCUUCCUCCCCGUCAUCCUGAAAGACGUGGACUCGUUACUCUACGUAGACACUGAUGUGCUGUUCCUGCGGCCCAUGGAUGAUAUCUGGAGUCUCCUGAAGUCCUUCAACAGCACUCAACUGGCAGCAAUGGCCCCAGAGCACGAGGUCCCAAAGAUUGGCUGGUACAGCCGCUUUGCACGCCACCCUUUCUACGGAGUAACGGGGGUCAACUCUGGUGUCAUGCUGAUGAAUCUUACAAGGAUCCGCAGCACAAUGUUCAAAAACAGUAUGAUCCCCAGUGGCCUGUCAUGGGAGGAUAUUCUACAUCCACUCUAUCAGAAGUACAAGAACCACAUCACCUGGGGAGACCAGGACCUUCUAAACAUUAUCUUCCACUACAACCCAGAGUGUCUCUACAUCUUUCCCUGCCAGUGGAACUACAGGCCAGAUCACUGUAUGUACGGGAGUAACUGUAAAGGGGCUGAAGAGGAGGGUGUGUCCAUCCUCCAUGGCAACCGUGGAGUGUAUCAUGAUGACAAGCAGCCAGCGUUCAAAGUAGUCUAUGAUGCAAUACGUGAAUUUCCCUUUGAGGACAACAUGUUCCAGUCGCUAUUCUACCCCAUCCAGACCAAGUUCCUGGACACAGUCAACACCCUGUGUGGACGGAUUCCUCAAGUCUUCCUCAAGCAGAUAGAAAAGACCAUGAGAAAGGUGUUUGAGGACAAAGUGGUCCGGCAUGUCAGACCACACAAAUAACCGAUGGAUAAAUGGACUCCCUGUUUUAUCUGACAACACCAAUAACCACCUUUCUGUGGAUUAUGGUUCAUACCAGCAUGUCCCAGACUGAACUGUCGGCUCUGCGUUUGCAGUGUAUUCUACACAUAACACUUCCUGGAAGGGUCUUACGAACAUUAUGAUCCUCUAAUCAUGGUAUGGGUAAUGAGCCUAUGUAUACAGAGAAGCAUACAGUGCUGGCCAGUGAUGCUGUAGAAUAGGUUUGCCUUAUUGCCGUCCUAAACUUUUCACCUUCCAGUUAUGUACGGCGAUGAAAUGUAUGACAAUGUUGAAAAGCUACAGUGAAAAAAAAAGUGCACACAUUUUUUUUUUUAAUCAAGAAUUAUGAAAGGAUGAGCUCUUUAUCUCCAGCAAAACGUUAGGCAUAUUUGUGUAUGUACCUUCUUUAUUUUUCCUCAUGAACAUGGUGUACACUAAACAAAGCCAACUUUGGAAAGCUUUUCUACUUCAAGUAGUAGAUUUCUAAACCGCUCCUCUAAAAUGAUGUGAAUGUUUUUACCAGCAAACAACUUGAACUGUGUGCUUGUCUGAAUGAGAAGAGUUACAAGUUAUUGGUCUGUUCUGCAGUUGCCAAAUGCCACUGACAGUAUUAAAUACAGCACAACAGAGGAGAUACAGACUUAUAUGUUAUAUAUGAAUGUUAAAAUGCACUUUCAGAAUGAUAUUAGGACUGGAUGGUUGUUUGUACACAACAUGUCCACAUUAGAUGCUACACUGUCCGAGUGAAAACCAAAAGUGCUAGCAUUAAAAAAAAAAAAAAAUUAUGUCUGUCAUAUCUACUAUUACAAGAAAAUGAGUGGUGUGUGUGUGUGUGUGUGUGUGUGUGUGUGUGUGUGUUUCAGAGGGUAUCUUAGUUUAUAAUAUGAUGUAUUGUCUUUUGUGAACACAUCCUAUGUUUGAGCCGCAUUACUUUCAAUGUGAUGUAAUGAUCUAAAUAUAUCAUUCAAACUGGAAACUGAACAUGGCUGUACAGUCAACAUGUGUUUUUAAAUAAAUCAAUGCAAUGUACUUUGUCUCAGUUACAACACAAAAGAUCUGUCUUGACAUAAGCAUCUGCAUUUAUAUUUAGUUUAUAUACAUUUGCAUUUAUUCACUGUAUGUGUUUCACCCAUAGCUCAUGGUGGUUAUAUAAGAUAUUUGAAUGUUUGAGGAAAUAAAAUUAGCAAAAUCAUUAAGGCAGACAAUACAUAACAAGUAUAUUGAUCGUAAUAUAAAAAAAAGCCAUUUAACAUCUGACAAUCAUGCUCUUGUUUCUUUUGUUUCUUUACCAUUGUUUAGAUAAUAAAGAGCCUUGUAAUGUCA